UCGUUACUGGCAGCCAGUUAGACUGUUUUACUUGCUAAUUUCUGAUACCUGUCUAAUAAACAAUACUGGUAAUUUUUUUUGGGAUAUUUUAUCAUUUUAUUUCUUUUUUCUUUUUCCAGAAUGUACACAGUGUGUUGGGAGCUCAUAUGAGGUUGCCGUCUGUACCUCAACACAAGAUACCAUCUGUAUAGACGUCACAUUUCCUUUGAAGCAGUUUCAGUCAAAUGCUCUUCCUAUUGAAGAUCUGGUGAGUUGGAAUGUGACACUGUCAAAAAAUGUGUUUCUUGAAAGACUACAGUCAAUUAAGAAACUGGAGACCACUUUGUACUUGUCCAGCAAUAAACAAGCUCUACAGUUUGUGUGGAGGAGACCAAAUUCAGGUUUAGAGAUUCAUGUGAAGGCAUCUGAUGUGUAUCUUAUACCAGAAUAUGUUGAUGUAGACCAUAAGGAUCGUGAUGAUGAGAAAUUUGUCAUGAAAGCCAAUACUUUUCCAGAGGACAUCAAAAACUUACUAAGAUCAAUUAGAAGAAGCCAUUGCAGGCACCCUUUACCAGACGAGUAUGAACUUAAUUUAGACAUUGCUAAGAAUAUUGCCACACCUGCCAGGGAGUUUCCGUGUGAUACUAAAAAUAGAAAUGGCCCAGAAUGCCCUCACGGUUAUAAAGAUGGUGACAUGUAUGUUUACCAGAUACUUGAUAGACUGUGUCCUAAGGUUGACACAACCAGAAGUCAGACUUUUGGAUAUUCUUCAAACAAUAUUCUUUGUUCUGGGAACACAGAAAUGUUGAAAUCAAUCUUCAAUAUGGAGGUAGAUGAUCCGACCUUUCUUAACUUCCCGAGUGAAGAGUGCAAAAAAAGUGAAGAGAAUUGUGGAAGAUGUUUGUCAAGGGAUGCUUGUGACAGGGGUUCAAAUUUAACCGACUGUUGUAACAUUGGCUGCCAUCAGUUGACAGACUGUAAAAGAUAUUUCUCGGCUCAGUGCCCAAACGCACCUAUAGAAUGUGCAAGGGGUGAGGUUAUCUAG